AUGACAGGUAGUCGGAAUAACGAAAUUAAUCCGGAAGUGACGGUACACGGCGAGGGUGGAAAACACACGGUUCAUUGGUUUCGCAAAGGGCUCCGGCUACACGAUAAUCCUUCGUUAAGGGAAGGUCUCGCCGGAGCUUCCACUUUCCGUUGUGUUUUCGUUUUGGAUCCCUGGUUCGCUGGAAGUACCAACGUUGGUAUCAAUAAAUGGAGAUUCUUGCUACAGUGCUUAGAAGAUCUCGACUGUUCCUUGAGAAAAUUAAACUCUAGAUUAUUCGUGAUACGAGGACAACCAGCGGACGCCUUGCCGAAAUUGUUUAAAGAAUGGGGUACCACGAAUCUGACUUUCGAGGAAGAUCCAGAGCCGUUCGGACGUGUACGAGAUCAUAAUAUCUCAGCACUCUGUAAGGAGCUUGGUAUCUCCGUGGUCCAGAAAGUCUCGCAUACUCUCUACAAGUUGGACGAAAUCAUCGAGAGGAACGGAGGGAAGCCACCUCUGACUUAUCAUCAAUUUCAAACUGUCGUUGCCAGUAUGGAUCCUCCGGAACCACCAGUGCCAACUGUUACUUCCGCUUGUGUUGGUUCAGCUUACACACCAUUGAAAGAGGAUCACGAUGAUCAUUACGGUGUUCCAACGCUAGAAGAACUUGGCUUCGAUACGGAGGGACUCCUUCCACCUGUAUGGGUUGGCGGUGAGAGCGAAGCUCUAGCACGAUUAGAGCGACAUCUCGAGAGAAAAGCUUGGGUAGCCAGUUUUGGAAGACCAAAAAUGACUCCACAAUCAUUGUUACCCAGUCAAACAGGUCUUUCACCGUAUUUACGAUUCGGAUGUUUAAGUACCCGAUUAUUUUAUUACCAGCUCACAGAUCUUUAUAAAAAGAUAAAAAAAGCUGUACCACCACUUUCAUUGCACGGACAACUUUUAUGGCGCGAAUUCUUUUACUGCGCUGCAACGAAGAAUCCAAAUUUCGAUCGAAUGCAGGGUAAUCCAAUUUGUGUGCAAAUUCCGUGGGACAAGAAUGUCGAGGCACUUGCCAAAUGGGCAAAUGGUCAAACAGGAUUUCCUUGGAUCGAUGCGAUUAUGACCCAAUUAAGAGAAGAAGGCUGGAUACAUCACUUAGCUAGACACGCGGUUGCUUGUUUCUUAACUAGAGGCGACCUUUGGAUCUCCUGGGAGGAAGGAAUGAAGGUAUUCGACGAGCUACUACUGGACGCUGACUGGUCAGUAAAUGCAGGAAUGUGGAUGUGGUUAUCGUGUAGCUCAUUUUUUCAGCAAUUCUUUCAUUGCUAUUGUCCAGUGAGAUUCGGUAGGAAAGCCGAUCCAAAUGGCGAUUAUAUUAGACGAUAUUUACCGGUUUUGAAAAAUUUCCCCACGAGAUACAUUCACGAACCAUGGAAUGCACCGCUUAGCAUACAACGUGCUGCCAAAUGUAUCAUUGGCAAAGAGUACUCGUUACCGAUGGUGAACCAUAGUAAGAGCUCCAGGAUUAACAUUGAAAGAAUGAAGCAAGUUUAUCAGCAGUUGAACAAGUAUCGCGGUAACGGAGCCGCCCUUAAAGGAGAGACUGUUGGUUUGUUAAAUACAUUACCACCUCCACCAGUAAAAGUGAAUGAGGAAGAAAAGAAGACAAAACAAUCACCACCACCUUCAGAAGAUCAACCAAAAAUGGAGUCUCUUACCAAGACGACGCAUCAGCAGCAGCAUCAUCAUUAACAUCAAUAGUGGCAUUACAACACCGACGUCAUAGAAACAAUAAUACGAUAACCUGAAGGAUUGAAAUUUUUAUUAUUUUCAAUUUCUAUUUAAUUCAUACUUGUUUAUUCAUUAUUAUAUCGAUAAGAUCGAGUUUCGAAAUCACUAUAGAUCACUGAGCUUCAUUGAAAUCAUUUUAACCCCAAUUUAUUAUAAUGCCUAUAAUUAUUUCGAAUGGUUUGAAAAAUGAUCAUCGAUGAAGGCGAAUUUAAAAAUACAUUUCAUAUUAAAAAAUGCAAUGUUCGCACUGAGACAGAAAAAGUAACGAUGACGCGGAUUUUAUAAUUUUUAU